GCGCAUUCUCCAGAGGCAGGGCAGAGACCAGCUACACUUCUGCGAACGCAAGGUGGUCAUCUUUCCUGACCUCAGCUCGAAUGUCGCCAAGAAAAGAGCUAAAUUCCUCGAUGUGAAAUGCAAACUUCAUGAGAAGAAAGUGAAAUUCUCAUUCCGCUUCCCUGCACAUUGAACAUGCCUCGGGGAAGCUACAAUUCGACUCCCACGAGGACGCCAGCGUUGGUUUGACAGUCACUUCUGAGUCAUAUCUUGGAUCUAUGACCUACUAUUUUGCCAGUCGGUCAGGGUACAGUAGGAUGACUGGUAAGACUCCCACCAGCAACGUGACCAACAAGAAUGAUCCACGCUCCCUCAACUCCAGAGUCUUCAUCGGCAACCUCAACACAGCGGCGGUAACCAAGGCCGACAUCGAGGCCCUCUUCGCCAAGUACGGCAGGAUCGUGGGUUGCUCCGUCCACAAGGGCUUUGCCUUCGUCCAGUACGGCAGCGAGAGGAACGCAAGAGUGGCUGUAGAAAGGGAGAACGCCAGGGUCAUCGCUGGACAGCCCUUGGACAUCAACAUGGCGGGAGAGCCGAGACCCUACAGGCCAAAGGUGGUGGGCUCCAAGAGGCCCCUCUCCUCUCUCUACAGUGGCUAUGAGUUUGACUACGACUAUUACAGAGAGGAUUUCUACAGCAGAUUAUUUGAGUAUCAUGGACGCGUGGUGGAGCCCCCCAUCCGAUCGCCGAUACCUGCCAAACGCUCUCGUGUCGUGGUCCCGUCCCUGCGGAGAAUCAAAUCUUCCUUGCCGGUCAGGACCUGCUCCGACUCCUUUUCUUCUUCCAGACCUCUUCCUCCGUCCUCGCCUCUACCUCUCACUUCUGGGUCUUCAGCUGCAGGACCUAUGCUAAAGACCGACCAGUUGGUAACCAUCAAACGGGAGCUGUCCCAGAUCAAGACCAAAAUCGACUCUCUACUGGGGCGUCUGGAGAGGAUUGAGAGACAGCAUUGCACAGAGGCAGCAGCCCAGAGGAAACAGGGAGGAGUGUAUAAGUGUCUCCGUGCCAAGACAGCGGACCUCUCCGGAGACAUGGAGGCGGGAGAGAUGACAGACGAAGCCAACGAGGAUGUCUUUGACGAUGAAGGCACUAACGAUAUGAUAGAAAACCACUUAUCAGACAUUGACAAUUGAGAGAGGUCAGUUAUCACUCAGGGAGGUAAAAAUAAAGCCUCAUUGGUGGUUUGAAGAAUCAAUAGAGAACAUCAGGACCUGAAUGACAAAUCAAUGGAAAAAAGGAAAAGACUCUCAGAGAGAAAGACUCAUGGACCAGUGUGCUUGUUUGCCCAUCAAGACACAACACUGUGUGCGUAUUGAUGCGGUACUACAAUGUUGUACUUUCAUUUCAUACAAUACAUGUACCAGACGACUGUAUUUUAUUCUAGUCAUCUAAGAAAUGAGUUAAUGCAGGGUGUGAAAAAGAAUUGCUCUCAUUGAGUGUGACUUACAUGCACACAAUAAUGUGAUUAUUGUGGAUAGUCGGAUUAAUAUAAUAGUUCAAUUAAAACGUUUACAUGCUUUGCAAGAGGAACGAUUUCUCUAAUAAUCCUGUUUACACGGACACAUAUGAAAUCAGGCUACCUGAUGGCACUCUGAUCAAUGCCGAAAAUCGGCAAUCAAAAAACAUUUUCUAGUAAGAAUAUUUGAUUCUGAGUUUGGACAUAUAAAGUUUGUAUUUGAAAACUACUUCUACUACGCAUACAUUCAGUAGUUCCGAACUCACUUCACUUGUGCUUAAGAGGGAGGCUCGCUUGGCUGGUGCUAGAAAAUGUGCAUAUCAAAUACACCGCUGGAACGCCGUUUAAGGUGUUUACAUGUCCUAAUAAAUCGAAAGAUAAAAAAAAAAAAAAAAAA